GAAUCAAGUCCUAGUGGACAAGAUGAUGAUGCUAACGCGACUGCUCCCCCUGCUCCUUCUCGCGACACUUCGACUCCUCAACCUUCAAAAAGGCCAUCGAGACUCUUCGCAGAUGAGGAUGACAUUGAGUCCAUGUCAUAAAUAUCUCCUAGCUCCUUUUCGAUUGUAUUUUGUUCCUUUCGGCUUUACUGACUUUUCUUUUGUUCAGAUCUGAAGAUGAUGAUGAAGUUCCACUCUCGAAGAGAGCAAAAAUAUUGAAUGAAAAGGCUGAAUCUCCAAAAGAAUCAAUGGCUAGAGCGGAUCAGAUGACCACCCCUCCGCCACGGUCGAGUGUGGCCAAGGUUCCUUUCUCGACGGUCAUCCCGCCAACAGGUGCCUUCAUUCCUUCGACAUUGCAUGAUUACCCAAUUUAUGCCACAGUUGACGCUGUAGGAGAUUUUGCUGAUCAGUUCACUCGUCUAGAAGCUGAAAAUGCCCAGCUUCGUAAAGCUGUUAAAACUUCGGCUGACCAAUUACUGGAGGCUAACAAACUAGCAUCCGAGGUGCAAAGCGAGAACACAUGCCUAAAGGAUGAGCUGACGAAGUUGAAGAAGAAGAUGAAGGAUGAUCAAGAGGCACAUCACAGGGCUUUAAUUGAAGCUAAUGAGAAGGAGGGUGCCUUUCGAGAAUCCAUCGAGAAUUUGUUGAAUACUGUCGAUAUGCCUAUCGAUCGUAGAAGCAAACUUCGAGUGGAUUCGAUGUUGGAUGCCCAUUCAUUUGCCAGUGCGUCCAGCAACUAG